UUUAUAGUCAAAUUUUGUUUUCUUAUCGAAUUCAUCAGUCUUGUUUGUUCUAAAUACUUUAGAGAGUAGUAGAUUAAUUUAUGAAAAUCGCUUAGGAAAUUAGAAUUGGUUGUUGAUACAAUUCUAAUUGAAAUCGGUUUAUGGGUGGGUUGUGGUUGUGGUUGUGUUUAAAUUGAAUAUGGUUGUGUUUAAAUUGAAUUAAUUUAUGGGAAUAUAGAUAGGAAAUCUAAUUGAACUCGGUUUCUUAGUCAUAAUUAUAUAUAUGUGGAAUUGGGGUGGCUUAUGUUAAUUACUGUUUGGUAAACAAAUUAGAAAAAUAAAAAUCAAUUGGUGAUGAUGGAGGCAAGGAUUGAUAAACUGCGUCCUCCAUCGCUUGGGGAAACACCUUGGUUUUUGUAUACGCAUGGGUUUUGUAAACGUAGACAAUUUCAGACAUUCUACUCGAUCUCACACUCACACUCACCUGAAUCUUACAUCAAGAGUAUCCCUGAAUUACGGCGUAACAUCAUUCUGGGUUCGUCUAAUGGGUGGUUAAUUCUACGCAAUAAAUUCGAAAAGAAACUGAUUUCAAUCUUCAAUCCUUCCACUUCCCAGUUCAUCACCUUCCCGCCGUUAGCAAUAUCAAGUGAGGCAGAGCAAUGGAAUAUCAAGUGCCUGCUGACAUCAUCAUCCCCUGACUUAGAUAACGAUUGUUUGUUGUUCUUGGCAUUCAAUGAUGAUGGCUUUAUCUUUUCCUACCGCACUGCACAUCCUAAUUCUUGUUGGUAUACAAUGAUGCUUGAACUUGAUGAUGACCUUGAUAUUGAUAGUGAUAGUUCAUGUUUUGACGUUUGUGAUUUCUUUCUUCUCGAUGGAGUUGUCUAUUUUGUUGAUGAUUCAGGUAAAUUCUACCAGGUGGAUGUAUUUUUCAGGGUAGAUUAUCAUUCAGUCUUGUUUAAGCCCUUGCUAAUUCCUGCUCUUGAUCCUUCCAUGCCAAAUCAACCUGGGUUUGCUCAAUAUUUUGUUGAAUCUGGUAACACUCUUUACCGUGUUUUAAUACACGUAAACAGUUUACAUGACAUGGUAGCUAUUCGAGUUUUCCAGCUCAAUUUUGACUCCAAAACAUGGAGUGAGAUCAACUCUUUAGAUGGUCGCGCUUUUUUCCUAGGAUAUUCUUCUUCCACCUGGUGCUGGGGAGAUUCAGAUUCAGAUUCAGAUUCAGAUUCAGAUUCAGAUUCAGGUAUCCAAGGGGAUUGCAUCUAUUUUCAUAUGUGUCCUCAACCAGGAGUCAUACAAUCCUACUCGUACAACGUACACAAGCAAUGUUUAAUGGCUCUUCGUCCUUGCCCCAACUUAGUAAACCCUCACAGCUCUCUUGUUUGGGUCGUUCCACCAUGUCUAAGGACAAAGACAAGGUCAUCAUCGAAAAUAGAUUUCCAGAGUCAAGGGGCUAAGCCGAUUAUUAACCAGCUCGAGUUGUCAGUAACACAAGAAAGCAUGUUGAAUAAGCUUCCCCUACAUAUGGUAGAACAUAUAUCAAACUAUAUGCAUUUGUUCGAGUAUUGGAACUUCCGCGCUAGUUGCAAAACACUUCGAUCACUAUGCCCUGCACCUCAAUGUAGAACUAACAACAUAUUCCCAUUGUUCAUGUUCCUUACCAACAACAGUGAGUUUAUAUCAUGUGAGUUGAUUGAUCCAUGCCGGGAUGAUUCACGUUCCAGCAUCCUCCAAUUGUCACCCAACGAUCUCUUUACCUUACACUUCUCCAAGAAUGGCUGGUUACUCUUGUUGGUUGGUGAAAAGUCGUUGCAAUAUCUCAAUCUUUACACAGGGGUUAAAGGGGAAUUUCCACGUUUUAACAACGAAGAGGAUCGUGUAGAGUUUAGGAGCAUUGCAUUCUCAUCUUCUCCAACUUGCCCAGAUUGUUUGACUGUUGGAAUUGUUAAUACUCGUGAUGAAGAUGACAAUCAGCUCAUCUUAUACUACCUUGAAUCUAGGAACAGAACAUGGGUUCGUUGUGGUUUUGAAAAUACCUACUUUCCUGCUGGUACUAGUAGUCCCGUCUUUCUUAGAGGAGCUUUUUAUUACUUAGAUAUGCGUGGAUAUCUUGGAGAAUUUCGAUUGGUUGACGGAAAUCCAAGUUGGCAAAAUUACGGCAAGCCAAAAACUCUUCGAAAAUUCUUUUCCUUUAAUUUGAUUGAGUGCACAGGAGAACUAUACGCUGUAUUCAUUGAGAAGACAGGAAAGUGGGUUCAAGUCUUUAGAUUUGACCUUGUCAUCAAGAGUUGGGUUGAAAUUACAUGUUUGGAAAACCACGUUUUCUUUAUUAGCCGGGUAUCAUCGGUUUCUGUAUCGAGUAAAGAUCCUAAGCUGAGAAAUAGAAUCUACUUUCCAAGAUUUCGAGGAAAGAAUAAAAUGGUCUUCUAUUCUCUAGAUACAAGAAAGUUUCAUGUUUCUAGGAGCUUGGAUUGUAUGGGGGAUUUAUUUGGUACAUACAAACCAUUUAAAUGUUGUUGGGUAUAGAUGUACAUAGAAAGCUUGUCAAGGCAUCAAUUGGAACUCAUUUUCCUUCAAGUUUUACGCGUUUCCGCGUCUCAUAAUUUGUUACAUACCUUCAUUAUAAAUUGGAGUAUAUUCUUGGUUAGACUC